GUGAGCUGAAGUCUGAACAUCCGUUUCCGUAGUUAGUCUUGUUUUAUGCGUUUUGCUUAUCUGGUGUUUAGCUAGUGGGGAGCAUGUUGUAAAGUGUUAUUUUCGUAGCUUUGAUUUGAAGAAUGUAACUAAUGGAACUUAAGUUUAUUAACGCAGAGAAUUGAAACAAAGAUAUUUUUUUUCAAAGAGAAAAUACACUCAUUUUUAGGAAAAUGUUUGUUCUUUAUGAAACGCCGGCCGGCUAUGCUAUUUUCAAAGUUUUGGAUAAAAAGAAAAUUCAAGAAGUGGAUAACCUAUAUCUUGAGUUUGAGACACCUGAACAGGCUAAUAAGAUUGUCAAGUUAAAACAUUUCGAAAAGUUCUUUGAUACUACGGAAGCAUUGUCUGCUGCAACAGCAAUCGUUGAAGGAAAAAUUUCUAAGCCAUUGAAAAAAACUCUGAAAAAACUCAUUUCCGAUGAUGUUCAAAAUCAGCUUCUUGUAGCUGAUGCCAAAUUAGGCAGUGCCAUUAAAGACAAAUUAGCUUUACAAUGUGUGUCUAAUUCAGCAGUACAAGAGCUCAUGCGAUGCAUACGCUCGCAAUCGGAAAGCCUCCUCUCAGGAGUGCCAAAAAAAGAGAUGACCGCAAUGGCGCUGGGUCUAGCUCAUUCCUUAUCACGGUAUAAGUUGAAGUUCUCUCCAGAUAAGAUUGAUACAAUGAUUGUACAAGCGCAAUGUCUUUUAGAUGACUUAGACAAGGAGCUAAAUAAUUAUAUGAUGCGCGCAAGAGAAUGGUAUGGUUGGCAUUUUCCUGAACUAGGAAAAAUUCUCACGGAUAACAUUGCGUUUGUAAAAACCAUUAAAAUAGUUGGAACACGCGACAACAUGGCUGCUGCUGACCUCUCAGAUGUCUUACCUGAAGAAAUCGAAGAAAAAGUCAAAGAAGCAGCAGAAAUCUCUAUGGGAACUGAAAUUUCUGAAGAAGACAUUAUUAACAUUCAGCAUCUGUGUGACGAAAUUCUUUCUAUAAACGAAUAUCGUACUCAUUUGUAUGAUUACCUCAAAACCCGUAUGAUGGCUAUGGCUCCUAAUCUUACGGUACUUGUUGGUGAUACUAUAGGUGCACGCCUUAUUGCUCAUGCGGGUUCAUUAGUAAAUUUGGCGAAACAUCCUUCAUCUACAGUUCAAAUUCUUGGUGCGGAAAAAGCGUUAUUCCGGGCGCUGAAAACGAAAAAGGAUACUCCUAAGUAUGGCCUUAUUUUUCAUGCUAGUUUGAUUGGAUCAGCAAGUACAAAGAAUAAAGGUAAAAUUUCUCGAUCUCUUGCUGCUAAGGCUUCUUUGGCAACACGAGUUGAUGCAUUUGGAGAAGAUGUGACUAUGGAGCUCGGCACCCAGCAUCGCGCUAAAUUGGAAUUACGACUUAAAAUGCUUGAAGAAGGAAAUUUGUCUAAACUGUCCGGAACCGGAAAAGCAAAAGCUAAACUAGAAAAAUAUCACGCAAAGAGCGAAGUUAAGGUUUUCAAAAGCGGCGAAGACAGCACAUUACCCAUAAGUAAAAAACGAAGAUUAUCUGAUAAUAGUGAUCUCGGAGUUGAAAUAAAACAGGAGUCAGCAAAUGAAUGCAGCUCGGGAGAGUCAUCAAAAAAAGUGAAAAAACAGCAUAAGAGCACUGAUAGAGCAAGUGAAAAUGACGGUCAGUCGCCCAAAAAAAUUAAAACGGAAAAAGACGAACUCUCAGAUAAAGAAACGCACUCGCGAGAGAAAAAAAAGAAAAAAAAGAAGAAACGUGAUAGUGGAGUGAAGACGCACGAGGAACUUCCACAAAAUAACUAAAUGCGCCGUUCUGAAAAAGAAAAAAAUUGAUAUUCGUAAAGUUUUUACUAUUUUACACAUGUCAGUUGUUUUAUUUCUCAGAAACAUUAAAUUUUCAUUAGAUAUAAAUGAAAGGAAAUAUACUUUCUAAAAUAAUCAACGAUUGUUCGACAUUUUACCAAAUGAUUAGAAAACUAGGGUACGGGAGGAUAUUUUCGGCCUGCUUCCAAAAACAGGUUAUUUUCUUUCGCUAAAUAAAUACUUUGCCGAUGUACAACUUUAACAUGUUACAACUAUUUUCUCAAAAAUGAAACUAGUCUAUUACCUAUUUAUUGUUAAAAGGACGUCAAAAUUAGCUGACCUUCCACUAGAAAUAGGCCUAGGCCAAAAAAUAGAAGCAAUCGCUUAGUGGGCUGAAAAUACGCUCUCGUACUUUAUUGUAUUUUUUUACG